GCCUAAAUGGUGUAUGGGUAACGUAUCGCUCUCGUACCCAAUCCUUGGUAAACGCGCGGCCAUUUAUAAAAAGAACCUCAUUCAACUCAGGUGGUUGUCCACUGGAGAAGAAAAAUGUGGUCCUUUACACAUUGAAAUGGUACUUUCUUUAUGGAGAAUCUUCUCUAUUUCUGGUUCAAUCACAGGGAUUGCAAAGAGAAGCUUUACAGAUAUGGCAACAAGUCCCAAUAGUGGAUGUCCAUCGGUGCGGGUUAUCAUACAACAGUGUCUGUCAGCCAGACUUCAGGUCCAACCACCAACUGAAAAUGAAGAUGCUCAAUGGGUUGAGAUUGCCAGGGGAAUUGUUAUUUACCUUUGUUUCCUCAAGGGCUCAAAUUUGGAUCUUGUACCAAAAGUUGUGAAAUCAAUUUUGAAUGUGCGAUUAAGUGAGACCACAGACAGACCAAAUAAUGUGUCUGUUUUAGAGCUGCCUGGUGAUAUUCUUAUUGUUCCACAGGCAACACUUGGUGGAAAGAUGAAAGGGAGAAGUGUUCAAUAUCAUUCCAAUAUAUCAAAAGAUGAAGGGAGAAUAUUCUAUGAGACGUUUACUACCCUUUGUGAGGAAGCAGUUCUUGCUAACUCGGAAAGUUCAUCGGAUUCUCCUCCUAAACGAGUCAGACACGGCACGUACGGUAACCGACAAGUGCUGAGUGUUGAAACAAAUGGACCAUUUACACACGUGUUUGACUUUUAAUGUAAAGCUAUGCCAUUUAUGAAGCUAUCAUCUUUAUGUAAUUAUAACCUCACGGUUUUCUUUUUCCUUGAGUUGUUUUAUUUCAUGGUGAUGUGACAUGAUGUAACAGAAUUCCCAUUUCAAGUCUGAUGCAGAUGAAAAACAGCUAACUAGCAUCCAUAAUAAUGAUUCACUUCAGAAUCUUCAAGUUGCCCUAGAUACAAACCAAAUAAUAACAAGUCGAAAGAAGCAAAAACUCCAAGACGGCUACUGUGGUGUGUUGUCGAAUAGGUUUAUUCUGCUUGUUCAUACAUACCGCGUGGAUGUGUGUGCUUUCUAGAUUUACAUAAUGUGCUAUCCUACUUAAAUAUGCGUACACAAAAUAUAAUAUACAAUAGGUGCUAA